GCUGGAUUGCCAUGUUGGGAGCCAUUUGGCUGCUAGUGCUAGCAGACAUCCAUGAUUUUGAGAUGAUAUUGAACAGAGUCGAGUGGGCAACCCUCCUUUUCUUUGCAGCAUUGUUUGUUCUCAUGGAGGCUUUGGCUCAUCUGCACUUAAUAGACUACAUAGGAGAGCAAACAGCUUUGUUAAUAAAGGUGGUUCCCGAGGAGCAGCGUUUGGCAGUGGCCAUCAUUUUAGUGCUCUGGGUGUCUGCUUUGGCCUCCUCCGUGAUCGACAACAUCCCCUUCACGGCUACAAUGAUUCCUGUGCUUCUCAACCUGAGUAAAGAUCCUGAUGUUAACUUGCCUAUGAAACCAUUAAUCUUCUCAUUGGCCAUGGGUGCGUGCCUUGGAG